AUGUCUACCAUCGUUGCACCCAGCGACAGCUCCUCCCAGCUUCAGGAGUCUUCGCCAACCGUCAGAAGAAGCAACGUCCAAACCUCCAGCUCAACCACAGUUGCCACCAACCCCAACAUCUCAGCACCCUUCGACGCAAUCCGGCGUCUCUCCGACUACUUACGUGAGCACCCCGAAGCCGCCUCAGCCCUGAAUGCACACUACCCCAAACGCGGCAUCCUCAAGACAGGUGCCAGCCCCAAUGCCACAUCUGACCAAAACGUCACAAUCGAUCUAUCCCUAGCUCAAGCUGCCUUGAUCCCCGCGCAUCUCCGAGAAAUACUCUCUCGCCAAGGGUUGAACGAGAUCCUCACAUUUUUCGAAAAUGUAAGCAACAACGCCUCCAUCGGCCCCAUUCUCUACACUCUCAGUAUCCUGUCCGGCACCAAUAUGGCCUCAGUCCACAAAAACCACAACUUCAGUUUCCGUCUUUGUGACUACAAUCACUCAGCCGCAGACCCAGAUAAUCUCAAUAGCUGCGGAACUCACACGGACUUCGGGACUUUUAGUAUCGUAUUCCAGGACGGUACACCCGGCCUCGAGAUCGAGGAUGCUAAUGCGCCAGGGACAUGGCAUCCCGUCUCCGGAACCGAAACGGUGGUUCUGACGGGAUGGUGUGCUCUAGUUCUGAGCGGGGGUCGGAUUCCUGUCGCUAGACAUCGGGUUCGUUGCAUGCCGGGCGUGAGGAGGUUGAGUGCUGUGUUAUAUGUUGCGCCGGAUGCGGAGGUGAAGCUUAUGCCUCUCAACAGCACUCUCAGAGAAGGGGGCGAGAAGCUGCGGCCGUUCUCGAGGAAGAUUAUGAGUGGUGAGGUUAGUGUUGAGUGGUUUAAGAAGGUCAUGGGGAAGCGGUGGCGGUAUCGGGUGGGCAAUGAGGUGUUGGAUGAGGGUCAUGCGGACCAUGCUUCCAUGUCUCAGGACAGUGAGAUUGAGAAAUUGGUUUGGGGUUAG